GAGGCCAAAGCGUGGAUCUCGGACAUUCAGGCGCACGUCAAGGAAUGUUUCAUGGCGAUGCAACAAGAGCAGACGGUUCUGAGCUCCCAGGCGCAGCAAGCCAUGGUGCGAACGGCCGAGUUGAUGGACGUCUACACGGACAGGAUCAAGUCCUCCCAAGGCACUGUUGCGCUCAGCGACUUCUAUGCCCGGGAGAUGGAGAAUGCUGCCGAAGAAGCCUCAGCAUGUCUCGAGCGCGAGAUUAAACAGGAGAUCGACAGUCUGCGCACCACACGGCUCGCAGAGCUUUGCGAGGAGGCUAGCAAGGAAGUGCUGCAGGAGGGCGGGCGAUGGGUUCGCCAUCGGUAUAUCGAGACGGUGCUAGCAGUGCUAGCGCCCAAAAUCGAGCAGGAGCUUGAAUUUCGACUUGGCCAGGCCAUGCAGCGCGCCCAUGAGAAGACCUUGGAUGUGGCUUUGCGUCUCCUGCGCGAGGCUGGACUCGAUGGUUUGGCUUGCACAGACAUCAACAGCCAAAGCGAGAUCGUCCGGCCAGAAACCAGCCAUCUGCGCGGACGAUAUCCCGUCGAGUCGGUAACCAUGUUGACAGGUGCCACUUUUCUUGUCGGCCGUGCUGCAGCUACCGAAGCCGGAGCGGCUGUCUUGAGCUCUCUCGGCGUUAGCUUUACUUCUUUGCAAAUCUUCGGCUUGGUGGGCUCUGCGGUCGGGGCCAUUGCUGUUUUGGGCUUGACGACGAAGUAUGCGCUGGAGGCACAUCCCUUCUGGACUUACGAGGCAGCACACUCGGAGCUAGUCGAGGACAUCAAGCGCACCAACCACUGGAGCAUUCUAACACAGGCUUGCAUCGCGAAGUCAAGGUCGCAUCUUCUGUCCAACGCCGCAAGAUUUCGUUUCAGGUUCAGCGAACUUUUGCUGACCCAGGGGGCUUCGGCGGAAGCUCUUCACACUUUGUUUCCAGACUUGCCUCUGUUGGAGAAGAUCCGGGCCAAAUUGGCAGAUUGCUGCCACCAUGUACAGAAGUUUAUGGAGGCGGAAAGUUUGACCGCGCGUGCAGGUCAAGACGUACUGUCCUGCUGUAGCUGGCGCGUUCAGAAGGCAUGGUCCAGAAUCAUUCAUCAAACCGACAUCUACAUCGAUGAGAACUCCCGAACCGAUUCCAUUGAUGGUUCAGUGCUGGCGCGCCUACUCUGCUUCCGCACGGAGGCACUCAUCAGAACUAACUGCUUCAGAGAGGCUAGCCACACCGCUUCGAGCUUCGCCAAAACAUUUCCAGCCUUGCUACUGCCCGUCGUCUACAAAACGGCGGUGAACCUUCUGCUGGCAUUCUACGAGAAGGAGCCGAAAGAGGCUGCUGAGGGCGAUGUGCGCUACUGUACAAUGGAGCUUGAAGGUCAGCGGGAUGAUGCAGAAAUACCAUGCUUGGUGGAGAUCUGGUACUUGGCUGUAGCCUCAUCAUUUCAAGUGUCCAAUGAUCCCAUUGGGCAUGUUGUUCCUGAAGUGCAGAUGUUGCUGAAUGCCAUCAGUUCACUCUUGCAGCGGCAGAUGAUGAUGCCGCCAUCCUUUGAAAGCGUGGUCCAGCAGAAGGUCACCCUCGUCAAGGAGCUAUCCAGUGCCUGGACCAACUCAGACGAGGAUGGCAAGCUGCGGGAGCAGGAGAUUAUGACGGUCUUCCUGGAACAAUGUGAGCUUUUCAUCAGUACCCUGGUCGAGUCGAUUCAUUCCCUGCUGGAGGCCUUACCUCCUGAGCACCUGGACAUGGGCCAGCUGGCUGGCGUCAUUCUCAGGCACGUGCUGGCCUCCGUUCGGGCCUGCUUUGAAGCACAGCCGGAUCCCUUUCCGAAAAGCGCCUAUGCGGAUCUCUUGUCCCGCCUUUGCCCUGUCGACGGAAGCGCUGUGGAGCUGCCAGAUGAAUGGGUGCGCCAGUUAGGCGCAGUGAUGAUGGAAGUUCAGCUGCGAGAGUAA